GGAGGGGGAGGCGGAGGCGGCUGCAGCAUCCAGAGCUGGCCGCGGCGGCCGGCGCGCCCCGCGCACAAAGGCGCCCAGCCUCUGGGGAGGACGAUGAACGCACCGCAGCUCCGGCCCGUGCAGCUACCACUGCGUGCGCUCAGGGCGCUGAGAAAGAUGCCGGGCUCACUGGGGGCCAGCGGCCGAGGCGCGGCCGGUGCGCCCUGAGCGCGAGACUCGCCGCCCUCUGGGUCAGGAGCCAGGCUUCCGAGCAGCUAAGCGCGCGGGCCUCUGCGCGCCCCCAGGAUCCGCGCAGUAAGGCGCUUCCCCACUCCCGGCCCGACCCCCCACGUCCUCUCGUCUCGCCUGAGCGCCAACUUCACCAAGAACGCUCUUAACUCUAGGCCAUCCUGCCUGGCAGAGGGGGCGCUGCUGCCGGGCAUCAGCCGUGAGGACGCGCCCCUGGCCCUGGGGAGGAAGCCGGCAUCUGCGGGGUCGCUCGGGCGCCCCUGAGUGGGCGGCGGCGGCAGCAGAAGCCUCUCCGGGGAGUCCAGGACCUGCCAACGCUGGGGAUUCUUCCCGGGCAGGCGCUUGCCCUCUCUUUUAUGGAGCUUGGGCCCCCGCCCCAGCCCGGCAGAGGCUGUGGAGGUCUACGGUCCGGGAGCCGUGUUCCCAGUCCCGUGGCCCAUCCCUGGCUGCAGGGAUUGCAGGCCCCCACGACGUAGCCGUGGCCUGCAGUGGCCCUCUACUGGAGGCAAACCAUGGGCCAGAAGCUCUCAGGGAGCCUCAAGUCGGUGGAGGUGCGGGAGCCAGCGCUGCGGCCGGCCAAGCGGGAGCUGCGGGGCACAGAGCCCGGGCGGCCGGCGCGGCUGGACCAGCUGCUGGACAUGCCGGCGGCGGGGCUGGCUGUGCAGCUGCGGCACGCGUGGAACCCCGAGGACCGCUCGCUCAACGUCUUCGUCAAGGAUGACGACCGUCUCACCUUCCACCGGCACCCGGUAGCCCAGAGCACGGAUGGCAUCCGCGGCAAGGUGGGCCACGCCCGCGGGCUGCACGCCUGGCAGAUCAACUGGCCCGCCCGGCAGCGCGGCACCCACGCGGUGGUCGGUGUGGCCACGGCGCGGGCUCCCCUGCACUCCGUGGGCUACACGGCACUGGUGGGCAGCGACGCCGAGUCGUGGGGCUGGGACCUGGGCCGCAGCCGCCUCUACCAUGACGGCAAGAACCGUCCUGGCGUGGCCUACCCAGCCUUCCUGGGACCCGAGGAGGCCUUCGCGCUGCCCGACUCGCUGCUGGUGGUGCUGGACAUGGAUGAGGGCACGCUCAGCUUCAUCGUGGACGGCCAGUACCUGGGGGUGGCCUUCCGAGGCCUCAAGGGCAAGAAGCUGUACCCGGUGGUGAGUGCCGUGUGGGGCCACUGCGAAGUCACCAUGCGCUACAUCAAUGGCCUUGACCCCGAGCCCCUGCCACUGAUGGACCUGUGCCGGAGAUCCGUCCGCUCAGCCCUGGGCCGCCAGCGCCUGAGAGACAUCAGCUCCCUGCCCCUGCCUCAGUCUCUCAAAAACUAUCUGCAGUACCAGUGAUGUCAGGCACUGAUGCACAGCGUGGCCAUGUCCGGCAGGGCCAUGCUGUGCUCCUGGCAUUCAUGGUCAUGUGGCACACUGGGAAAAGGAUCUCCCCACCCUGGUUCCCAGGACAUUCAGUUCUCUGAAAGGCCAGGACAUGGCACCAACUUUGGAAACAAAAUGCGUGUUGCCAACAGUAUUUACUGCCCUCGGAGCAGUCCUCCCAAGUCAGACACCUCCUUGGGAGCCACAAAGAGCCUGGAGCCUGGAGCCACAUCUGGAAAUCCUG